CACAUCGUGGCAUCACGCCGCGCCGAACUGGCGGCGAACCUGCGUGCCUCGCUGCGAAGCGGUUCACGAUGUCGGCGUCGCCAUCGGCGCGGGCGCACCCGCACGCGAUCCCCGACGGCCCCCCACCUUCCCCAGGCCGCCGGCGUCCCCACGUGAUCGCGGGAGCCGGGAUCCAGCGCCGCCCGGCCGGCCGUCGGCUACGUGCACAUGCCGCGACGCGUGACCUACCGACCGUACCGGUAGUGCCUGGCCGCCGUCCCGCGCGGCCGAAACGUGACGCACCGGUCUUUUCUCGUGCUCCACCGGCCGUGAGGUGUGAGGGCGACUCCUCCCACGCUCUCACGUCCGCUCCUGCACCGAAUUGAACAAGAGCAGCUCACAUCGUGCGCUAUGGCGAAUAGAUAAAUGGUCUGAUCGCAAGGUUUACCGCCGCCUGGGCUCGGCAAACAGCGAUGCGCGACAGCGAGUUGGGGUGGUGCCCGGUCGCGUCCGUCCACACCAGUUCCCGCACGAUCCGGGGGGGCUCGGCCAGUCGGCCACCCUAGGUGAGCUGCACAGGAAACCCGCCCGCCGGGACGACCGGACGAGGAGGACGCGAACUGGUCGCGCAAACCGGCGGCGGCCUCGACCCACCGGGGCUGGGCUGUCACGAGUCACCCAGCCCACUUGCCGCGCCGCACCCCGUCCCAGGUCCAAGGCGGGAGCCGAGCCCGGAGGCCCCCACCCGGCCGCCGCCUCCUACAAAAGGGCGCGCGCCCAAACGGCUCGAACCUGCAGCACUCCCACGCACUCUCACUCCCUCGCCGCCUCCAGCCGAAGUCCAGAGCACUCAGACUCCACGAAGCAGAGCAGCCAGCCAGCCAUGAAGCGGACCAGAGCGCAGCAGCCCAAGGUCGAGGAUCCGCAGGACGCGGGCGCCGCCGCGAGCACCGGCAACCCCGCAAAGCCGCUGCGCCGGGCCAAGCAGCCGCGGCAGCCCAAGGCGGGCGCCGCCAAGAAACCCGGCGCGGCGACGGCGCGCGCCGCGGCCGCGGCGGUCGCGGCCGCCGCUAAUGCCGCUUCGGCCGCGCCCUCGCCCGGUCCGGAGUCGGCGCAGACCGUGCCGGACGUUUGCGCCUACUACGCCGGGGAGGUUGCGGCGGGCGCGCGCCCCGUGGACUGGGACCUCGACGCGGGGCUCGACGCGGCGGCGUGGUGGACGUGGGGCGUCGACGAGGAGAAGCUGCUCGGGUGGUUCCCGUUCGUCGAGGAGGACUUCCGGUGCGCCGGCGGCCGCGCCGGCGACGCCGAGGUGGCCGCGUUCGACCACGACAUCUGGAGCAUUUGGUGAAACCUGGGCGCAAGGAAACGGACGCCGCCGCUUCUGCUCGCCUUGCUCCUGCCGGGGUGGCGUUCUCCUACAGGAACCGGGGAAUGGUGGCGGUGGAGGAACAUGUAGGCGAGGUAGCUAGGAGACUAGUAGUGUAAGCGAUGCAAGGUUCGGUGAUGCAAUCCCAAGUGCUAUUCGUUGCUCCAUGGAUCGAGCUCUGUGCCUGUCUCCACCCUGCUUGGUACGGGCCCAUUUGGUUGUGCAGCGGGGAUCGAAUUUUCGCAGCUCGUGGUUAGGGAUGCUUGCGAGGCCAAACACGCGAUCCAAGUGCACGGUGGGAUGGCAUUUUGCGGUGAACUGAACUUGUGCAUGCGAUCAAACUCAUUAUUGGAGCCCGAAAUGCCCAUGUUCUUGCA